AGUAGCGAGCAAGCUAGCCCUGAACGGUGCUGCUGUGGAUACAAGGGAACUGGGAAACAAUGGCGAGCCUGGAUGCUUCCGGUGGCGAGGUUUCCAUCCGAAUGCCCUCUGAAGCUGCAAACCCCGUAUGUGGCGUGUUGCAGCGCAAGAGGAGGAGCACCAUCACUAAGCAGGAGAGGAGGCUGAACAGCUUCGUUCUCUUUGUUGCCUCCGGAGAGUGGGUGGGCAACGCCUUCGGCGCGCUGGCUUUCUUGUGGGCAACAGUGGUCUUGCUGGGCGGGUAUGGCAAGGAACUCAACGAUAAGGACUUCGGGAUUGCAGCGGGUAUAAUCUUCAUUGAAGCCUUCAGGAUGUUCAGCCGCAACUACAGAUUGGAUGACCAGUCAAUGUUCAGGACUACAAGGGCGUUCAGAGCCAUAAGUUCGCCUUUUGCUUGCAUGCUCGUGCGACCGCAGGAAUGGAAUGAACUUGCGGCUAUCAUGGGUUCAUCCAUAUGCCUUGUAUAUUUCCUCCCAACCCUGCCCUCGGAAGUGGUUCUGGCCAACAUCAUUAUGGCAGCCUUACUACUUUUGAUGAGCAAGUUGCAGUUUCCAGGGGCUCUGCAGCUCAUGAGCAGGCCCCGACGGUACCGGCGGCUGCUGCUCUGGGCUGUCCUAGCUGCCCUCCUGAUUAAGGCUGCUUAUCACAUAUCAGAGCUGGUAAAACAGAAAACAAAGCUUCUACUACUUGCUCUAGAACCCUGGUACGCUUUUGAGUCAGCAGCUAUCGUAGCGCUGGUCAUAGCGGUGUUGCUUCUCAACUUUAGACCCCCCAGUAUUGCCAGGCUAAUAGACAGUCGCUGUGGUCGCAGACUGCUGUCUUUGGCUAAAGUGGUUAUAAUCAUAUAUUUGAUUGGUAAUUUGGUUUUGUUGGCCUCGGUCAAAAUGGCAUCAGCAUAUUAUUAUCGACUUCCCAUGAAGUAUUUGCAUUUACUGAGGUUGCAGGGCUUGCUAUGCUUACCAUUAGCUACAUUGGUAUUAUCACUUGUCAGCUUACAGACCCCUGCAAAUAGUCCUUCUAGCCAACCGAUUGAUAUCACCCUGCAUAUAUGCUUCUUUGUACAACUGGUGUCCACGUUGGCUAACAUCGGCUCAGAUAUGAUCGGGACUGCAAUAAUGCUAGGGGUGCUACUGAUUGGCAACCUGCAGAUUCCAGGGGCCAUCAUACGAAUAAUGCUCUCAUCUUUCGGCCUUGCCAAUCUGCAGCAUAACAAAUACGAAGAGAAAAAAUUGUUGGGAUCUAUGGACGCCUUCUACGUGCUGACGCUCUGCCAAGGGACACUCUACACAGUGGCAUGCAUCUGCGAUCUCUUCUCCUUCUUCCUCCGCAGAUCGCUUGCUCGUCAAUCAGGACUCAGGGGUAAGCGGGGAGCAAGAGCUGUCGACUUGUACUACCACUGUGCCUACCUCAAGUGCAUGGAAACCGGUAUUCUCACAGCGGGGAAGGAGAUCAGCCUCACCAGCUUUGCCAUUGAGUCCCUCAGCUCUGGCUCACGUAAGAAGCAGCUCGCCGGGGUUCUCAUUGUUGACAGCCUGCUGCAACAGAGGGAAGAGCUCGUCUCAAGGAUCGCCUGCUCCAGCAAAGCGGUGUCUUCCUUGAGCAACAUGCUUGGCUGGACAGAUGCUCCAGACAGAGAAAUCAGGCUGCUCGCUGCCAGGGUCACUGCCAAGCUAGCUGCCGGCCUCAGGGUCGCUGCGAUUCCUGGUAUGCUCCAGUUGGUUUCAUCACUACUUGAUGCCGAGGAUCAGCUUGCAAGAGGAUUAAAUUCAGCCAAGGAUGCUGGUGAUGAUAAAUCCCCAGGCAGUGCCGGGAUCAAACCAAGGAGACAUGACUCAUAUGUUAGCCAGCAUUGGCAGCGGAUGAAAGAAAGGUGGACCGUUCCAGCAGAGCCGCCCUUGACGCAUCAGGACUCCUUCCCUGUACUUGGCAUGCUGAUUCUCGAGAAGCUUGCUUCCGAUCCUGACAACUGUGCAGAAAUUGGCAGGGCCACGGACCUCAUCUCCAAGAUCUCAGGGUUCAUAAGCUACACUAGCAGCAGUCGUGCGCAGCAGAAAGCGGUGGUCUGCUCAUCACUGAAUUUGGUGAGGAGGCUUGCAAUCACCGGCGGGAAAGUCGGCGCAUUGCUUCGGCAAGAGCUGUGGGAGGACCCAUUCUUGCUGGACAACCUUGCAGGCAUAUUGGAAGAUAGCCGCAGCAGCAUUAAAGCAUGGGAGCCAGCCAUGGAUAUCAUAGCUAAGUUGGCCUUGGCUGAGGAUGCUAGGAAGGAGAUUGGAAGCAACAAAUUGAUUAUUUUUAAGCUGAUGCACGCAUUUCUUGGGCGAUAUGGACCGACCAACAUGCACUACAGCCAGCCGCUGCGAUUGGCUGCAGGAGAAGCUCUGGGAAAUCUUGCAAUCGAGAACACUGCAAAUUGCUUAAUCAUCUUGGAGGAACCGGGAUACAAACUUAUCAAGGAUCUCAAGGAUAUGCUUUGGCAUGAUAAGUACAGAUAUGUUGCUGCAACUCUUCUGCAGAAUUUGUGCGCGCACUCCAGAGACAAGAUGCAGAGUCUAGAUGCAUACGAGCACCUCUCGUGUGCCUUGCCAGUGGUGGUGGAAAACAUUAUGGCUGUGGAAGGUAAACAGAUGGAGACCCUAAUUGGCCUUGCAUCACAAAUUUGUAAUAUCAUCCCUGAAUGUGUUGUCCACUCUCUUGAGUCACACCUUGGUGUAUCAGCAUUUGUUAAGAAAAUGGUGAAUGCACUCCAUGCCAACAAGAAACCAAGCCCUGAAUACCCAAGGAUGAGAAGGGUGAUAGUUGAGCUCACAAUAUCCAUCAUAGAAUCGCAUCCUUGCUACACAACCAUCUUUAUAGAAGGAGGGAUGAUGGAAGCUCUGUCAAAGAUAGAAAGUAUUCCAUCUAAAGUGGAAAGGUACAGGAUCUUCUUGGGCAAUGCAGGAGCGGUUUUGGAGAGCGGUUUACCUCUACCGAAUAUGGUGUCCAGAGCAAAAGGGUUAUUUGAUUCUGCGACUCGAACUCCGGAACUCAUCAUUGGUCACCGCCUAUUUAUUGAUGAUAUAUCUUUGUGUUGUUGUAAUGAAACAUAUGGCACUGAAGCCAUAUUUAAUCAAUUAGGAAAGAAGGUAGAGAGCCUGCGUUGAGUGAGGCUCAAAUAAGGGUUGUUAUGGACACAGCUAGUGUGACAAAACGAGCUACCACUAGUUAUCCAUUGUGUUUUUUUUAAUUCAUUGUAGCUGAAUAUAUCAAAGGUUUGGGGGACUCUUAUGUGAAUA